AGAGGACCAGCUGGAGCAGCCCCCGCCUGGGAGACACCAGGACGCAGACCAGCAGUCGCUUCUGCCGCCACAGCAGCAGCGCCGGGCGCGUGCAGACCCAGAGCAGGAGGAGGAGGGCGACAGCGACCCAGAAGAGGACGAGGAGGAGAAAGCGAAGCCACUCUCCAGCCCGGACCUGCCCAUUUUCCAGCUCUCGAACCUCGCCCGAAGGGACCUUUGAUGGAACCAAGGGGAGGGGCCUCCGACUUACAGACUGCAGCUGGAGUGGGCUGGGGGCUGAGAUCAUGUAACUAUUCCCCUUUACUCUCCCCUCCCACAAGCCCCUCUUCGCUACCUCCUUUCUCAGAUCCUUCUGUCACCUUCUCAACCCCAAACACACACCCUUCCUCUAUUCAGGACCUUAAGCUCUGGAAGGCAGCAGCCCUCCGAGGGUUAAGGAUCUCUUUUUCCUCCAUCCUUUCCCGGUCCACCGCCCUAUAUCCCACCUCUUCUGUGUAGCCUUUUGGCUGCAUAGGCGAAGCACAAGGCGAAGCUCUUUGCCCAAUUUCACCCACAACCAGCCCCCCUAAUUCCUCUCUUAAAAGCAACUCUGGUGCUGCUGGAGGUCAAUUGUCCUGGUUUUCUGCCCAAGAGAAUUAGGACGUCUUCUACCCCCACCCAAUCUUGCCUUUCCCCAACCACUUCAUACUACCUGAGACAGUCUGUCUUUCUCUCUCUCUCAUGUGCAAUUCUCAAUUCUUUACUGAGCUGAGUUCCCUAAGCUGCUCCAAAUUUGAUUUAUAUCCACCGUUUUUAUAUAAAAGAGAUUUACCACAGCCUAGAGAAUUGAGAAGAACCUAGCAACCCUUUCUUUGGGAACUUUUAACUAUUAGACAUUGGUCAUGCAUCCCAGCCCCGAUGCUUCUGUUGCCCUACUCCCAGCAGUGUUCAGGGGUCAAAGACAGAAAGGAGACAGCAGCCAGAACUAAGUCUGAGGUUGGGGCGGGGCUGCUAGAGCAAGAAAAACUUUUUUUACUUUGCAUUUCCUUAGUAGCGUUCAGAAUCAUUGACUCACAGUUGUCAGUCCAAGAGGGUAAUUUAUUUGCUGCUUGGAGGGGUUAUAAGAAGAGCCAAUAAGAAAGGUUCCUCCAUAACACAGGAACACUGUGGACCCCAAGCCCCACCCUACCCACCUCUUCAAAGACUCCAGCUGCCCCUCUCCAGUCCUCUGCUUCCCUAUCACAUGCUCAUGCCCCUGGGUGGGCUGCUGUGGUGGUGGUGCUGCUGCUGCGGCUGGUACAGCUGUGGACUGUGCACCCCAGCUCCCCAGAUGUUGCGCCACCAGGGUCUCCUCAAGUGCCGCUGUCGAAUGCUCUUCAAUGACCUGAAGGUUUUCCUACUGAGGCGCCCCCCUCCAGCGCCCCUGCCCAUGCACGGCGACCCUCAGCUCCCUGGUGUGGCGGCCAACAACAACACCCUUCCGGCUCUGGGUGCCGGGGGGUGGGCAGGCUGGAGGGGCCCCCGAGAAGCGGUGGGCAGGGAGACCCCUCCUCUGCCACCUCCACCACCUUUGCCUCCUUCUGGGGAUGAUGACUGGGAUGGCCCAGCCACAGGGCCACCUGCCUCCCUGCUCAGCAGUGCUUCCUCUGAUGAAUUCUGUAAGGAGAAAACUGAGGACUGCUACUCUCUGGGAAGUAGCUUGGACAGUGGUAUGAGAACUCCCCUCUGCCGCAUCUGUUUCCAGGGACCAGAACAGGGAGAGCUGCUAAGCCCAUGCCGUUGUGAUGGUUCAGUCAAAUGUACACACCAGCCAUGUCUCAUCAAAUGGAUCAGUGAAAGGGGCUGCUGGAGUUGUGAGCUGUGCUACUACAAGUACCAUGUCAUCGCCAUAAGCACAAAGAAUCCUCUACAGUGGCAGGCCAUAUCCCUGACGGUCAUCGAGAAGGUUCAAAUUGCAGCCGCCAUCUUGGGUUCUCUCUUCCUCAUCGCCAGUAUCUCUUGGCUCAUCUGGUCGACCUUCAGUCCCUCAGCAAAAUGGCAACGUCAAGACCUCCUCUUCCAGAUCUGCUAUGGGAUGUAUGGCUUCAUGGACGUGGUGUGCAUAGGCUUCUUAUGGAUCUGUUUUGUCCUGGGUGAGCAGAGAGGCUGCAACGGUUCUGACUCAGAAGUCUCAAGACACAUUCUGUACCUUGAUGAAAAGCAACCAGCCCCAUCAGGUGGCUGCUAGGAAGAAAGAGUGUAUCCAGACAUGCUAUUCCUUCCUAAUGAUGUUCACCAAUAUAGAUAAAGUAUUUCUUUGUUUCAAUUAUAAAAAAAAAAUAAUAAAAAGUUACCAUCGCAAAAAAAAAAGGAUAUCUGCCACAUAUAUUUUACAUGGAUGUUCAGUAUCCAAACUCAGUUCUUCAUGUGUGUACAUCAAGCGCUUUAUUAAAUCUCUUCCUCUUCCUCCUCCUCUUUUUUUUAAAUUAAAAUGUAGCCAGACAGUGGUGGCACACGCCUUUAACCCUAGCACUUGGGAGGCAUAGACAGGCAGAUCUCUAAGUUUGAGGCCAAUUGGGUCUACAGAGUAAGUUCUAGGACAACCAGGGCUACACAAACAAACCCUGUCUCAGUGGGUGGGGGGUGGGGGUGGGGAGAAUGAAAAAUGAAAUAUAAAAUGUAGUGCAUUCCGUGCAGUAGAGGGAUAGGGAUAAGAGGCAGUGCUGCUCAUCAUAGCCCUCCCUAGUCACCAUCAAAAUCACCCCAGGCUAUUGUGAGAUGCAGGUUCUCAGGCCUGGCCCCAGACCUACUGUCUCAGGCUUCCCAAGGAUAGAGCCAGGAACCUGUGAAUUACUGAACAUUCUAAUAUACACUUAAGCCUGAAAAGCGCUAUUUUAGACUUGUCAACAACUUUCAUGUCAUUUAAAUCAGGACACUAGUGAGACAUGAGGGUGUGGAGGUGACUUCUGGGUCACUGAGGCCAUGAGAGGUUUCCCUAUAGACUUCUUGAUCAACUUGGUUGGAACUGUGAUUGGACACAUGGUGGGAAGCAGUAUUGUGACCAUGGCAGGGGCUCAGAGACAUAGAGUGGGCACCCAGAAAAGACAGCAUCAGAUUAAGUUGUGUCUCUCUCACACAAAAAAACCCAAUGGUCAAAAUGCACUAAGGGAAGGUUGGGUUUUUUUGUUUUUUUGGUCUUUUGUUUUUUUUAGAGAACUCCUUGCUGUUGCUAUGGUUAUAGGGUGCGGAGGAGCUAUGCAAGUGGGACUACCUAUUCGUGGUGGCCAGCCUUUUCAUUCCUCACAGUCUAAGCAAAAGGCCAUUUCAGCUUAAGAUAAAGAUAAAGGGAGAGUGACAAAAGAGAUGUCUAACAACCUGUAGCACCUAUAACCCUGUGAGAAAGAGACGCCCAAAAGCUGGAAACACUUUAAAGAGAUGAAGUGUUUGCUCUUCUGAAACUGGAUUUAUCACAAAUACAACCAAGAUGUGGGUGCAUUGCAAAUAAUUGCUCAGUGGCUGUUAAAUUGCUUAGAAAAUCUCAGGAAAGAACUCAGUUAAAAUUUACUACAUUUCUGUACUCCCAUCCCUCCCUCUUUCCCCCUCUCUCUCCUACCCUGUCUCCUUCCAUCCUCCCCUCUCUCCCUCCCUUUCUCCAUCUAUUUCUUUUUUCCUUUCUGGCUUGCUUUUGAAACAGGGUCUCAUGCAACCCAGGCUGGCUUCAAACUCUCUGUGUAGCCAAUGAUGACCUCACCAGCCAUGUGCUAAAGAUUCCAGGCUUGCCCCACCACACUGGUUUAUGCAGUACUGGCAAGCAUUCUACCGAUAGAGCUACAGCCUCAUCCCUUCCUUCUCCUAUGCCCAGACUCUUCACCAAUAGCCCUCUUUGUUCACCUGCAUCCCAGCUCUUUCUCAGUUCACAGCUGAUUCCUACCCCUCAUUCUUCUUGGCCGCCAUGUUGACUGACUGCCAUCGGCCCCAGCAGAUGAGCCCAAACUCAUCCUCCUCCGUUUUAAAUAAUUCCUCAUUGCAAGGAAUCGAUAAGUAAUUUCUGAAGCAGAAGGCUGAGGGGAGUGGAUGUGAAUGAGGUAGUUUAUGUUUUUCCAACUUUUCCCAAAUAAGUGUUAUCUAGAAAAACAGGUGCACUCCUCCCCCCUCAGCCACCUAGCCAUUAAAACGGUUUAAUUACUGCCUGAACACUAGACAGGCAAUUAAAAGCAGCAUUCAAACUGAAAAUUUAAGGCACCCUCUUCAAUCAGAGUAAAACUGUCUGAUCGAGAAGCUAAUUAAAAAUGGAGUGUAGAUUCCAGCCAGGAAGUUGGGGGCCUCAAAAGCCCCCAGUUCUCUGUACCAAGGCUCCUCCUUAGUAACUCUCGGAGAUGCUCCCAGUGCAGCAUUGGCUGCGGAGACUCAGUCAGAGCCUGUCAUCUGGAAAAUGGCAAAGGCAGCAUAUGCAAACAAGGUACGCCGGAGAAACAGAUGAACAAAUGACCUCAGUACCAUCAAUGCAUAGGUAUACAUUUAAGGGUAAGCAGAAGUAAUGGGAGUGGGCACCCUGGUGGAAGAGGGGAAGCCUAUUUGUCUAGUACCCAUCACACUGAGCAAGGGGGCUCACAGGGGGUCUUUAGGAAAUUAUGUUCCCUCUAAACUAUUAGGACACUUUAGAUGUUGGUGUUUCCUCUCCGAGAGAUGGUGUUUACCCAGGGCUAGGAACCAAUGUGUCUUUCAGUGAACCCUUGAAGAUACAGAGAGAGAAAUGCAAUUUCAGGAGCUGCUGGAUAGUGGAAGAAGUGGCAGUGGGUGACUGCUCUCCUCUCCCAGCAUCUGCAUCUGCCUUUCAGGCUCUGUUCCCACCCCCAUGAUGCUCUGGGAUCACAACUGGUAGAUCCUCAGAGGGGAAGGAGCAGGGUGGGAAGUCUGGGAGCUAAGUGGCCUCAGGCGGCAGUGGGUGUGAGCACAGAACAGAACGAGGCAGCUUCAGUGAGAUAGCUCAUUUUAAUGGGGGAACAAAGACUAUUUAAACAUUUGGGAAGUGAGGGUACAGCAUUGGCAGGGGCCAGGGUGCUAGAGGUGCCUCAUUAGCACAAGGAGGUGCUUCUUGGACAUGACUUUAUAAGGGGAAAGGAACUUUAACCUGCUUACAUGUCAUCCUGCAGUGGGGCAAAGGUUGGGGUACAGGGCUAUGUACACCCAACACGCAGGCCCAGGGCAGGGCACUAAUGACCCUACUCCUGCUAACCUCAGGAUAAGAUUUCCAGAGUCUGGACAUGUCUCAACCCUACUCUUGCUCCAGGCUUGUUCCUUGGGGCUCCCCAUUUCCCUAUCCCCCACAUGCAUUAAAGCAGACUUGGGCUAUGGUAAGCAGUCCAUGCUGUUCCUAUGAGCUAGCUCUUGCCCUGAGGUUUCCGUGGCCGCAGGACAAAUCCCACCUUGUCAUUCAUAGCAAGCCAUCUCCACUGUCACAGGCUCAGCCUUCCAACCUCUUCGUUCUUCAGACAAGCAUCCUCUUCUUGUCUUGCUCAUUCCUUCCGCCACUUUCCAUGGUGACCUCUGGACAGCUCUGGGUGCUUCUUUCAUCAGAGCAGCUGGACUCUAAGAUACUGCAUCCCUGUAUCUGUCUCUAUAGUGGCUGUUCAUCCCUUCUCAGGCUGUGGGCCAAGAAGUAGUCCACAGGCAUCUCUCUACCUGCUGGGACAUCCAUGCUGUCAUUGAUCCUCCAUCUUUCAGAAGACCCCUUUUAAGUGCAUCCCUCUUUCUUUACCCCCUUUCUCCUCACUGCCUCUGGCUACUGGCUGGCCUCCCUGAGGGAGGGAUCUGAUGGAGACAUACUAUAUAGGGUUGAGUAUCCCAAAGUCUCUCACUCUCUGCAUGAUGUCUGGCUGGGUCUCUGUAUUUGUUCCCAUCUGCUGCAGGAGAACGCUUCUCUGACAAUGGCCGAGAAGGGCACCGAUUACAUUUGUCUUUCUGGAUCUGAGCUACCUCGCUCCACGUGAUUUUUUUCUAGUGUGUUUUGUUUUCUAAUACAGCUGUACUCCAGCACUUAUAUUGACUUUGGUUUCAUCUUUUUCUUGCAAGUGACUUCUUUUGUCUUAUUCUGUCUACUAAUUAUCUAUUAAGGCAUUCCACUAAUUAAAAAAUGCAUAGCAGUCUUAUAGUAUCUUAUGAACUGUAUUUCAGGAUAGGAAAGGGGAUGCUAAAACAUACUUGGGGGUUAUAUAUAGGACCAUUAACUAAACUGUUUGGCUUGAAAACAUGAAGACCCUGAGUGGGCUCUGGGAAUCCAAGCAUAGGACAAGCGCUUUACCCUGAGUCAUGUCCCCAGCCAUGGUGAGAGACUUCUUGAAAUAUCAUCACAUAGCAAAACAUAGGACACGUGAAAACCAACUGUCAGUCAAGGCUCUUGGUAAGGCAUGUAAUCUGUUCAUGAGGAGUGCAUUCUUGUGGCCUAAUCACUGUGUAAGAGGACCCAAUUUUCAAUACUAACUCAUUACUAACCUCUGAGUGUUUAAGAAGAUGCACUUAAACAACAGUACCACCUCCGUUCCCCAAAAUUCUAGCACCAUCUGUCUUAGUUAGUUUUAGUUAGGGUUUCUAUUACUACAACAAAAUGCCAUGACUGAAAAGCAAGUUGAAAAUGAAAGGUUUACUUACACAUCGCUGUCCAUCACCCAGGGAAAUCAGUAUAGGAAUCCAAUCAGGAGAGGCUCUUGGAGGCAGGAGCUGAGGCAGAGGUCGUGGAGGAUGCUACUUACUGACUUGCUUCUCAUGGCUUGCUCAGCCUGCUCUCUUGUAGAACCCACCAGCCCAGGGAUGGCAUCACCUACCAUGGGCUGGGCCCUUUCCCAUUGAUCACUAAUUCAGAAAAUGCCUUACAGUUGAAUCUCAUGGAGACAUUUCCUCAACUGAGGCUCCUUCCUCUCUGAUGACUCUAGUUUGUGUGAAAUUGACACAAAACCAGCCAGUGCAUCAUCUAAGUUCUCAGCUUCAAUCUUAUUGCCGUUUGAUCGACCAGUUGGAUUUUUAGCAGACAUCUUAAACUUACCAUAACUAAGAUGUGACUGUUAAUACUGCAGUAAGGUGAAGAAUGGCCCCCAAAGACACACAGGGCCUCAUCCUGAAACUGUUAACCUUUUGUGACAGGACUCUGCAAACAUGGCUAAUUUGAGCAUCUUGAAGUGAGGAAAUUAUCUUGAGUUAUUCCAGUGGUCCCUCCACGUAAUCACUAGAGUUCUUAUUAAUAGAAUAUCAAAGAAAAAUGUGAUGACAGAUUAAUAAAUGUGAUGACAGAAGAAAGAGGGUGGGAUGAUGUGAGAAAGAGGGAAAGACAAUGGCCAUUUCUAGAAGUUGAAAAAGGUAAGGAAAUAUUCUCCCUCCAAGGCUUCUGGGGGUAUAGGCCCCAGUGAUGUUUGCACUUUGGCCUGGUAAGACCGACCCCAGAACUGUAAGAGAGCAUAUUUGUACCACUGUGGGCUACCUGUUACCCUCCGGACAGUUAUUAUAGCAGCCAUAGUGAAUUAAUAGUCACCAUCACCAUGCAGCUCCACACGCCAGCCCUGGGACCAUCGAUGUCUCUGCAAAUGAUCCUCACCAUCCAGCUGUGGCAUCAGAACCUUCAGAGCUUCCAGAUGCUUCUUGUGCCCACAGCUCACUUGUCAGCCAGACUGUCAGCAAUACCCACAGCAUACAUCCUGACUCCAAGACAUCUCACGCACGGCACUGCCCUGUCCCCAGCACCACAGUUUCCAGCUUCAAUUACCGCUUCCCUUCCUGCUUCAUUUUAGAAUAAUUCUAUACGUGACCCUUCUGGAGCACCAGCGAAUUUUCUUAGAGAGAAAAUCUUUCAAUGCCAUUCCUCCUUCCAAAUCUACUCGGUUGCCUCUCAUUACCCUGGAUACAAUGCAAGACACGAUCAUAACGGGGGCUCCGGCCACCUUCUCCUCCGCUUGCCACAUCCACGGGCUUGCGCUGCGGUAGGCACGCCAACCUCAGUUUCAACCUUGGUCAUCGCAUUCCUGCCUCCUGGCUUGUGCACUUGCGUUUCCCACCAGAGAUGAGUGCCCUCUCCAGAUCUUUGCACACAACUCUCCUUCUCAUUUAAGUCUCAACUUAAACUUGCCAAUUCCUCUGAAACUUGCUUCUUUCUUCCCUCUUGCCAAAACAAGACCCCAGUUGCCUGCAGCUAAGGGCUAUUUAAUCCUAUUUCAUCUUCCUCCUAGCAUGUGCCCACACAGGAAGAGAGUCUGGUGGAUUCAUUUGUACAUUUUGUAUAUGCCUCUUAACUUAAACAUAAGCUCUCUAAGGAAAGGACUUCCCAUCUCAGGCACUGCCCCAUCCUAAGUGCUUUGCACACAGUAGGCCUAAAAUUGAUAUCCAUUUGCCUUGUUGCCAGACAUGGUUUGUUUCCAAUGGCUCCCAAUGGAUUUGGCCAAUAUAACUGCAAGGAUGUUCAGACGGCCACGGGGAUCCGUAUUUCAGUAGCAUUGGCUGUGCAAAGAGCUAGAGCGGAGUUUCAGUUCCCAUUCAGCAGGACCACGAUGACCACAGGAUUUCAUGGCUGUUGCCCUUUAAAAGCACAUGAUUCAUUCAACACCUGGUAAGCACAGGGCAUCAUGAAUAUGUAA